AUGAGCUCAACUGUCCCGCCCUGGCGGGCUUCGGCUUCAACAACUACUACGAUGAAGUACGCGCCAACUGCAUACACCCCUGUGCAAGCUAGACGUAGUCUUGCUUCUCAUACGACGCAAAGCAACACCACAAUAUCUUUACAGCAAAACCCCAACACUGCUAUACAACCGGCUUCGGAAGAGCGGAAGCGUGUGGAAUGGCCUUUGCCCGUGCGACAGUACGUUCAACGCAGUUUCGAUCCUGAAAACCAAAUUGCCAGUGUACCUCGGCCCGAGCUAGAAAAGAAAUUGAAGCAAGUCAUCACGGAAGCGGCAAAAAGUGAGAGCCUCGACACCGUGGAUUGGGACUCUUUGCCUCUACCGCAGGUUAUGAUCCAGAAUGAGCGCAACUCGGUGCUGACAAACUCAUUGGUGUCAUCGCCAUGGAGUGCCAGCGCCAACGUUGCUGCAAUGAAAACUGGCCUUGCACAAGAUGAACGAAGCAAAAAAAGAAAGUCAAACGAGUUUCAGCAGACGGAUGGGGCCGACUCUCCGCCGUGGAGGAAAACUAACAACCGAACCCAGUUGGAAGAUCGAAUCUCUUAUACCCCCACUGACAAGCGGCAACGCGUAGAUUACAACAACAACAAACCCUCAAGUAAGUCCAAAGCUAGCCUGGAAUUGCGGAAACGGCGUUUUUGGGACCCUCAAAGUUACCAAGAUUCUUCCCGAUCGGAGUCUCCGGCCGCCACUGCGAUCCAAGGCCCCGUUGUUGGACGAUGCCAGGACCUCGAAAAGAGAUACUUGCGGUUGACAUCGGCACCAAAUCCAGAUGUUGUACGACCUUUACCUGUUCUUGAGAAAACCUUGGACUUUUUGAAAAAGAAAUGGCGCAAGGAGAAUAACUACGGAUACAUUUGCGAUCAGUUCAAAUCCUUACGACAAGACUUGACGGUACAGCAUAUUCGGAACGAGUUUACAGUAAAUGUUUAUGAGAUUCAUGCACGGAUUGCCCUGGAGAAAGGAGACCUUGGUGAGUAUAAUCAGUGUCAAACCCAGUUGCGGGCAUUAUAUGCACAAAAACUGGGCGGUCAUCCCACGGAAUUCAUGGCGUAUCGUAUACUUUAUUUUAUCUAUACGCGCAACCAGACGGCAAUCAACGAUGCGCUGGCAGAUCUAACCCCAACAGAUAAAUCGGACUUGGCUGUAAAGCACGCGUUGGAUGUGAGGUCCGCUCUGGCCCUCGGUAACUACCAUCGUUUCUUCCAGCUUUACCUUGACACGCCCAAUAUGGGUGCAUAUCUUAUGGACAUGUUUGUCGACCGCGAACGCUUGAGUGCGUUGGCCUGCAUUUGUAAAACAUACAAACCUGACGUAAAGAUUCGAUUCAUCACCGAAGAACUUGGCUUUGAGUCUGAUGAGCAGAGUGCCCGUUUUGUUCUUGAACAUGCUUCUGGGGAGCUGCUGCAAGAGCGGGACGGACAUGUUCGGCUCCUGACCGGCAAAGCAGGUCGAGUGUUCGAAGACGCCAAAGCCCAAGCGUAUAGAGUUGUCGACAUCAAGGGACAGAUAUGA